GCCGGUCGGCGCCGCGCGGAGCUGGGCGCGGGAUUGGCUGCGGCACUCGCGUGUCAGGCGGUUGCUAGGCUCCGGCCGCGCGCCCCGCCCUCGCGCUCGGCGCCCUCUCACCGCCCGGUACGUGCUCGCGCGGUGGCUGCGGUGCGGCGCUCCUCGGGAUCGGCGGCGGCGGCGGCUUCGCGCCGAGUCCCCGGGGAGCGGCGGCGCGGCGGCGGCCGCCUCCGGCAGUCGGGAGGAGGGAGCACCUGCCGCGGCCCGCCCGCCGGCGCUCGGCUCUGGGUGCUUUGGGAUGGAGCAAGUGUGCAGAGGGUGAGGACCCAGCUGUGGGACUACAUCACUUGCUUCCUUUCUUAGUGAGACCAUCAACUUAAGCAGACUGCCCACGAUGAGAAUGUCUGAGGGCCUCUCACUGCUGCUCCCACUUUGGGGGAGGACCUUUCUCCUGCUGCUCACCGUGGCCAUGGCGCAGUCCCGCUGGCCCAGCGAACCUUCAGAGGCCAUCAGGGACUGGGAGAACCAGCUUGAGGCAUCUAUGCAUUCGGUGUUGUCAGACCUCCACGAGGCUGUUCCCACAGUGGUUGGCAUUCCUGAUGGCACAGCUGUCGUUGGACGCUCAUUUCGAGUGACCAUUCCAACAGACUUAAUUGCUUCCAAUGGAGAAGUCAUCAAGGUAUCAGCGGCGGGAAAGGAGGCCUUGCCAUCCUGGCUACACUGGGAUCCACAGAGUCACACCCUGGAGGGCCUUCCCCUUGACACCGAUAAGGGUGUACAUUACAUCUCAGUGAAUGCCGCACGACUGGGGGCCAAUGGGAGCCAUGUCCCCCAGACCUCCAGCGUGUUCUCUAUUGAGGUCUACCCUGAAGACCACAGCGAGCCACAGUCCAUGCGAGCGACUUCACCAGACCCUGGUGAGGUGAUGUCAUCUGCCUGUGCUGCCGAUGAGCCUGUGACUGUCCUGACUGUGAUUCUGGAUGCUGACCUCACGAAGAUGACCCCAAAGCAAAGGAUUGACCUUUUACACAGGAUGCGGAGCUUCUCAGAAGUGGAGCUUCAUAACAUGAAGUUAGUGCCGGUGGUGAAUAAUAGACUGUUUGAUAUGUCAGCUUUCAUGGCUGGCCCGGGAAAUGCAAAAAAGGUGGUAGAGAAUGGGGCCCUGCUCUCCUGGAAACUCGGGUGCUCCCUGAAUCAGAACACCGUGCCUGACAUUCGUGGUGUGGAGGCUCCUGCCAGGGAGGGUGCAAUGUCUGCCCAGCUUGGCUACCCUGUGGUGGGUUGGCACAUCGCCAACAAGAAGCCCCCUCUUCCCAAACGCAUCCGGAGACAGAUUCAUGCCACACCCACACCUGUCACUGCCAUUGGGCCUCCAACUACAGCCAUCCAGGAGCCACCAUCCAGGAUCGUGCCCACCCCCACAUCUCCAGCCAUUGCUCCUCCAACAGAGACCAUAGCUCCGCCAGUCAGGGAUCCUGUCCCUGGGAAGCCCACGGUCACCAUUCGGACUCGUGGUGCCAUUAUUCAGACCCCAACCCUAGGCCCCAUCCAGCCCACUAGGGUAACAGAAGCUGGCACCACGGUUCCUGGCCAGAUUCGCCCAACCAUGACGAUUCCUGGCUAUGUGGAGCCUACAGCAGUUAUUACCCCUCCCACAACUACCACCAAGAAGCCACGGGUGUCCACACCAAAACCCGCUACGCCUUCAACUGACUCUUCAACCACCACCACCCGCAGACCAACCAAGAAACCACGGACCCCCCGGCCAGUGCCCCGGGUCACCACCAAGGCUCCUAUCACCAGGUUGGAAACUGCUUCCCCGCCCACGCGCAUCCGCACCACCACCAGCGGCAUGCCCCGCGGAGAACCCAACCAGCGCCCAGAGCUCAAGAACCACAUUGACAAGGUAGAUGCCUGGGUUGGCACCUACUUUGAGGUGAAGAUCCCGCCUGACACCUUCUAUGAUAAAGAGGACACUACUACCGACAAGCUGAAGCUGACACUGAAGCUUCGGGAGCAGCAGCUGGUAGGCGAGAAGUCCUGGGUGCAGUUCAAUAGUAACAGCCAGCUCAUGUAUGGCCUGCCCGAUAGCAGCCACGUGGGUAAGCAUGAGUACUUCAUGCAUGCCACAGACAAGGGGGGGCUAUCAGCUGUGGAUGCCUUUGAGAUCCAUGUCCACAGGCGCCCUCAAGGGGACAGGGCUCCUGCCAGAUUCAAGGCUGUGUUUAUGGGUGAACCAGCACCAGUGGUGAAUGACAUACACAAGAAGAUUGCCCUGGUGAAGAAGCUAGCCUUUGCCUUUGGGGACCGCAACUGCAGCACCAUCACUCUGCAGAAUAUCACCCGGGGCUCCAUUGUGGUGGAAUGGACCAACAACACACUCCCCCUGGAGCCCUGUCCCAAGGAGCAGAUCACGGGACUGAGCCAGAGGAUUGCUGAGGAUGAUGGGAAACCUCGGGCCGCCUUCUCCAAUGCCUUGGAGCCCGAUUUCAAGGCCCUCAGCAUUACUGUGACAGGUGCUGGCAGCUGCCGGCAUGUACAGUUUAUCCCUGUGAUGCCACCUGGGAGGACAUCCUCAGUGGCACCGUCCACCGAAGCGCCAGACAGGGACCCGGAGAAGAGUAGCGAGGAUGAUGUCUACCUGCACACAGUCAUUCCGGCUGUGGUGGUUGCAGCCAUCCUGCUCAUCGCUGGCAUCAUCGCCAUGAUCUGCUAUCGCAAGAAGCGGAAGGGCAAACUCACCCUUGAGGACCAGGCCACCUUCAUCAAGAAGGGGGUGCCUAUCAUCUUUGCGGAUGAGCUGGAUGACUCAAAGCCCCCCCCCUCCUCCAGCAUGCCACUCAUCCUGCAGGAGGAGAAAGCCCCUCUUCCCCCUCCCGAGUACCCCAACCAGAGUGUGCCCGAGACCACUCCUCUGAACCAGGACACCGUGGGAGAGUACACACCCCUGCGGGAUGAGGAUCCCAAUGCUCCUCCCUACCAGCCACCUCCGCCCUUCACAGCCCCCAUGGAGGGCAAGGGCUCCCGUCCCAAGAACAUGACCCCAUACCGGUCGCCCCCGCCCUAUGUCCCCCCUUAACCCACAAGCGCCUGGGUGGAGGCAAGGGUAGGGCAGGGCCCUGGAGACAACAUGGUGUUGUCUGUGGAGACCGGUGGCCUGCAGACCAUCGCCCACUGGGAGCCGACACCUGACCUAGCACAUACUGACACACACAGGGCCUGGACAAGCCCACCCUCUUUGGUCCUCCUAAACCCCAAAGCAGCUGGAGAGACUUUGGGGACAUUUUUACUUUUAUUUUUUGCCUAACAGCUUUUUGUUUGUUCAUAGAAAAUUCUUCGCUACGUUCUUGAUGGCUGGCUCUGAAAGCACUGUUUGGAGUAGAGGUAGAUGGAGGGAGCGAGGAACCGUGAAUGAACUUGCAGGCAGUGCUGGGCGGCCCCCCGGCUCUCUGCGUUUUGCCUUUAACACUAACUGUACUGUUUUUUCUAUUCACGUGUGUCUAGCUGCAGGAUGUAACAUGGAAAACAGUAGCUAAAGAUUAAGUUCAAAGGACUUUCAGAAGUUAAGGUUAAGUUUUUACAUUUAAUCUGCUGUUUACCUAAACUUGUAUGUAUAAUUUCGGGGUGGGUAUGGGGAAUUGCUUUGCUAAAAAUAAGCUCCCAGGGUGUUUCAAACUUAGAGAAGACCAAGGGACAGUAUUUUUUAUCAAAGGAAUCCUAUUUUUUCACACUAUGUAACUUGGUUGCUCUGAUACCCCAGAGCCUGCCUGGGGGCCUCCCGGCCCUGGUGCUGGGCUUGCUCUCCCGCUGCUGCCAGGGGCUGGAAGCUGGAGGGGCCUCUUGGGCCGUGGACAUCCGCACCCUCACCCCAUGCACGCUAGUGGCCCGCCAUCUAGGGGUCUUCAUUUUCAUGGAAAGGGGACUCCAAGAGGCAGUGGUGGCCAUGGCCCCCAACCUAGGUGCUCCAGGGUGGGCCAGCUGCUCGUGGUGGGACCUGAGGAGGUCGAGGGACUCUACUACAUCACCUUUCUUUCUUUUACCCUUCUGUGUUUUUCUUUUCCCUUCUAAAAGGAAUAUCAUGGUUUUUGAAACACUCAGUGGGGGACAUUUUGGUGAAGAUGCAAUAUUUUUAUGUCAUGUGAUGCUCUUUCCUCACUUGACUUUGGCCGCUUUGUCCCAACCGUCCAGAACCCUACCUUGACCCACCUCACCCCUCCUCUGGCACUGCAGUCCCAGACAAUAGGCCUCAGUGGCUGGAAAAGGUCUGGUGGCUGGGGAGGAGUGCCAGCAAUAUAGUUCAUAGUAAAAAUCUGUGGGCUCUCAAAGCUAAUUUUUUACUAAAGUUUUUAUACAGCCUCAAAUUGUUUUAUUAAAAAAAGUUUAAAAAUGGUGAUGCUUACAGCAGUUUGUACAAGCUCUUAGUGUUGAUUCCAUGGAACUGACGGCUUUGCUCAUUUUGAUUCCUACCCCGUACCCCGCCCCCCCCCACCUCCCUUUUUCCCUAACAGUUUAAAUUCCGGAAUUACACUGGGACUUCUUUUGCCUUUUGUAGCAGAAUGUCUGUCUGUCCAUCUGCGUCUCUGUCGGGUGACUCAGGGGUGCCCACUCUGCUUUGAUUCUCCUCGGCUGGAAGAAACCAUUUUGAGCAUGACUUUCUUGACAUCUGGGAGUUAUUUUGGGUACCUUUGAGGGAGGAAUGCCUUUUGCAAUAAUGUAUCCCUUCCAUGAUUGAGGGCAGGUGGGUGGACCCAGGCUCCCUUUGCACACGGAGCAGCCACUUCUAAGCCAUAUCGAACCAUUUUUCAGAGGAUUCGUGUGUGCUGCCUCAGGAGGGGAGGGCCAGUUAUAAGGGAGGGUUUCUCCACCCUGCCCUUCUCUGGAGAGCGUUUCCCCUUGCGCCUUCUCCCACAGGACCCACCCCUUCUCCCCUGCCCAUCCUUGUGGGGGGCUACAUAGUGAGCAGUGCCUCUGUUGGGGGAGCCUGUAGAUGAGAGCUCAGCGGACCUCUGGCGACUGGGCCUGUGCCUCCAAGCCAAAGUGUCCCCACUGUCCCAGAGUCAGGAGCACGGGCAGAGUCUGACCUGGUGAGAUUAUUUCUGAUGACUUCGUCAAAAAAUAAACAAUUCCCAGUAUUCCAGGUGAGGGCUUUGAAAGGCCUUCCAACAGCUCCGUUGCCCCUAGCAACCCCACCAUUGGGCACUGCCAUGCUGAGACAGGCUGGCCCAGAAUGGCCUGUUGCCAUAGCAACCGGAGGCGAUGGGGCAGUGAACGGAAUAACAACAGCAACAAUGCCCUUGCAGGCCGCCUCCUCCCCUGAGCGCUGGGCUGGCGAUGGCCAUUGAACUCUGUGAGACAGAGAGCCAAUCUCACAUUCAAGUGUUCACCAACCACUGAUGUGUUUUUAUUUCCUUCUAUAUGAUUUCAAGAUGUGUUUUCUGCAUUCUGUAUAGAAACAUAUCAAACUAAAUAAAAGCAGUGUCUUUAUUACAAUGCCGUUGCCUCCAAGC